UUCUUCUUCUUUCCCCUAAAACACCAUCUCUUCAAAUGGAAACAUACAUCAUUCCUGCAAUCACAGAAUCAUCAAUUUUCACUAUUUUAGCCUUAUUUGCUGGGAUUUUGGUCUAUUUUUAUGGACCAUUAUGGGGUGUAAGAAAAGUACCAGGUCCUCCACCCAUUCCAUUCGUCGGACACCUGCCUUUGCUUGCUCAACAUGGCCCUGAUCUCUUCGCUCUUCUUGCCACCAAAUAUGGCCCCAUCUUCAGGUUUCACAUGGGCAGACAGCCACUGGUUAUUGUGGCUGAUGCUGAGCUGUGCAGAGAAGUUGGCAUCAAAAAAUUCAAAGACAUUCCCAACAGAAGUAUCCCUUCUCCCAUCAUGUCUUCCCCACUCCAUAAAAAAGGGCUUUUCUGGGUCAGGGAUUCAAGAUGGUCAACCAUGAGAAACACCAUCGUCUCUGUAUACCAGCCAUCACACUUGGCCAAAUUAGUCCCAACGAUGCAAUCCAUUGUCGAAACCGCACUUCAAGAUCUCCCAAACCAAGAUCACGACAUAAAUUUGAAUGAACUAUCGCUCAAAAUGACGACUGAUGUGAUCGGAAAAGCUGCUUUCGGCUUCGAUUUCUGCCUCUCGAAGCCCAAGCAGCAUCAGCACGGCGAUGAGCAAAUCGACUCGUUUUUCAGGCAACACAUUUACUCCACAACGAUGCUCAAAAAUGACUUAUCGGGCUCGUUUUCGGUCAUCCUCGGCCUCCUACUACCGAUCCUCCAAGAACCCUUUCGCCAGAUUCUGAAACGAAUUCCGUUCACCAUGGACUGGAAAAUCGAACAAACACUCAGUAUAUUGAGUAGUCAACUCGACAAGAUCGUGAUCAAGAAAAUGAAGGACAAAGAAAGAGGAUCGCAAGAUUUCUUGUCGCUAGUAUUGAAUGCGAGGGAAUCGGAGACGGUUUCGAAGAACAUCUUCACCCCGGAUUACAUCAGUAGCUUAGCUUACGAACAUCUUCUCGCUGGAUCAGCAACGACGUCAUUUACACUCUCAUCGGCUGUUUAUCUGGUUUCUGGGCAUCCGGAAGUCGAGAAGAAGUUGCUUCAAGAGAUAGAUGCGUUUGGUCCACGCGAUCAGGUUCCAACGUCUCAUGAUCUUCAAUCGAAAUUCCCGUAUCUUGAUCAGGUGGUCAAGGAAGCAAUGAGGUUUCAUGUAGUUUCUCCUUUAGUAGCAAGGGAAACAUCGACACGAGUCGAGAUCGGAGGUUACAUACUUCCAAAGGGAACAUGGGUGUGGAUGGCAGUCGGAGUUUUAGCCAAGGAUCCCAAGAACUUCCCGGAGCCGGAAAAGUUCAAACCAGAAAGGUUCGACCCGAAUUGCGAUGAAGAAAAACAACGACAUCCCUAUGCCAACAUUCCCUUCGGGCUUGGACCUCGAGCAUGUAUUGGUCAGAAAUUCGCAUUGCAAGAAAUCAAGCUUGCACUGAUUCAUCUAUACCAAAGAUACGUAUUUCGACACUCGCCCAACAUGGAAAACCCGUUAGAAUUCCGUUUUACCGUUGUUCUCCACUUCAAAUAUGGAGUCAAGGUUCAAGCUAUAAAACGAACGUAAACGGCUCGUCUCUUCGUUGUCAUCAAGUUUUCAAAAUCCUUAGUAACCGGUCUCUUUAAGCUAUGUCUGACAAAUUAGCUGAAACUAUAUGCUAAUAAGCUUAUUGGAACGCUACUAGAAGUAGCUUUUCAAAAAGUCAGCAUAUUGCUAAAUAAACGGGGAUUUUUCAAUAAGCU